AUGACAAAGCUCACUUUUCUGCGUUCGAUAGAGGAGAGUUAUUUCAGACAGAGGUCUAGGAUCAGUUGGCUUAAAGAAGGAUACCAAAAUACUACUUUCUUUCAUAGACUCACUCAAGUCAGGAACUCAAACAAUUAUAUCAGAUCCUUCCUACUGGCUAAUGGUGAAUCUGAAUCAGACCCGAUUGCUAUGGGGCAGAUUGCAAUCUCACACUUCAAGAACAUCCUAGCACCACUAAACCCUCCAAUUUCUACCUCCACUCCGCUCUGGUUCCAGGAGUUGUCUGACUAUCGCUUUCCUCUGGAACUACUAGGUUCACUCUCCUCCUACCCUGAGCCAGAGGAAAUAACGUCUGUGUUAUUUAAACUCAACUCGAACAAAUCUCCUGGUCCAGAUGGACUUACCCCUGGGUUCUUUAAAGCAGCUUGGCCGGUGGUUGGUCCUGAUGUCCUCGCUGGUAUAAGGUCUUUCUUUCGUUUUGGCCAUAUGCCCCCGGCUCUAAACUCUACGAUCCUUUCUCUGGUCCCAAAACACUCAGAUAAAGCAGCGGAGGAAGGAAAAUUUGGCUACCACUACGCCUGUAGAGACACAAAACUAACUCACCUGUGCUUUGCUGAUGACCUUCUGAUCUUCUGUGAUGGUUCCCUCCAGUCGGUUAAGAAUGUUCUUGAGGUUCUGGAGUCAUUCAAACAGCUCUCCGGUUUCUCUGUCAGCAUUUCAAAAACCUGCUUCUUCUCAAGUGGUGUCCAUCAACCUGAAAUCGAUCAGAUAGUUUCUCAUUGUGGUCUAGCUAAAGGGAACCUGCCUAUUCGUUAUCUAGGCGUACCGCUUUGUACCAAUAAACUAUCUAUUGCUAACUGUGAGCCACUAAUCCAACAGUGCUCUACUUUUACUAUCCCUAAGAGCUGUAUAAAAAUCAUAAAUUCACUCUGUGGAGCUUACCUCUGGAAAGGAACUGUAGAAGGGAACCAUUCGGCAAAAGUAUCUUGGGAAACAAUCACCUUGUCAAAAGCAGAAGGAGGGCUCAGCGUUAGAAACAUGGUUUGGUGGAAUAAAGCUUGCUCAAUAAAAAUGCUUCGGCUUCUAUUCUUCAGAGGAGGCUCAAUUUGGGUGGCUUGGUUCAUCAAAAACAUCCUCUCAGGAAACCUCAGUAACCUUUGGAACCUAAAAGAAAAAAACUCUCACUCUUCAGCCACAAAGAAGAUUUUAAGGGUUCGAGACUAUGCCUUCAGAUGGAUAAAGAUCAUACCUCGCAAUGGAAGGAACUCGCGGUUCUGGUCAGACAAUUGGAGCCCCUUUGGUAACUUGAGGACGUAUCUUGAUCUCCCCUCCUCAACUAGCCUCGGUAUCAGGGCUUCUGCCGCUCUUGAGGACCUAUACCAACAAGACCGCUGGCUAUUGCCUCACCCGCGAUCUGAAACUCAGCUCAAUCUUCACAUUUUCCUCUCAACAAUCUCACUCACUGACGGAACUGAUGAGUAUAUCUGGUCUCCACUAGGCUCUCCACUCUCUACCUAUUCCACAGGAAUGAUCUACAAUGCAAUCAAACAUCAUGAGCCGGCUGUUCCCUGGAGUAAAAUUGUCUGGUCUUCUCGUGGCAUCCCAAGGCACAACUUCUUAACUUGGCUACUGGUCUUGAAUCGAUGCCCUACUAAGGACAGGAUGCUCAACUGGGGACUGCAAACGGACCCUGCUUGUAUGUUGUGUAAUGCCUCUGCUGAAUCGAGGGACCACCUCUUCUUCCAAUGCCCUUACUCGUGGAAUCUUUGGACUGCCUUGGCAGAACGGGCGCACUGGUCGCCCUCGAGGAACUGGGAUGUAGGUAUUGAUCGCUUGCUACUCACUCCACUGCCAAAGCACCAUCGACUUCUGAUUACGCUUGCUUGGCAAGCGGGACUCUACCUCUUGUGGUCAGAACGGAACACUAGGCUUCACCGCAAAGAAUUCAGAUCAGUCUCCUCUCUGGUUAAGCAGGCGGAUGCGCUCAUCAGAAACCGUAUCUCCAGUUUUCGUGAGCAGAACCCUACCCUCUCAUCCAACAUGCUCCAACUAUGGUUUGAUCACUAA